AUGGCAAAACCUUAUGAAUUUAACUGGCAGAAGUCAGUCCCUUCCUUUAUGCAAGAUGGAGCUGUGUUUGACAGAUACGAAGAGGAGUCCUUUGUCUUCGAACCAAACUGUCUCUUUCAAGUGGAUGAAUUUGGUUUUUUCCUAAGGUGGAAAAGUGAAGGAAAGGAAGGACAGGUAUUAGAAUGCUCCCUGAUCAACAGUAUUCGUCUUGGAGCUGUACCAAAGGAUCCCAAAAUACUAGCUGCUCUUGAGACUGUGGGAAAUGCAGAAAAUGACCUGGAAGGGCGGAUAGUGUGUGUCUGCAGUGGCACAGAUCUGGUGAACAUCAGCUUCACGUACAUGGUAGCAGAAAAUGCAGAAGUAGCUAAGCAAUGGGGAGAAGGACUUGGAUCCAUCAUCCAUAACUUUAGAGCUAACAACGUCAGUCCAAUGACAUGCCUCAAGAAACACUGGAUGAAGCUGGCGUUUUUGACAAACACAAAUGGCAAAAUUCCCGUUAGGAGUAUUACCAGAACCUUUGCAUCAGGUAAAACAGAAAAGGUGAUCUUUCAGGCACUUAAGGAACUAGGUCUUCCCAGUGGAAAGAAUGAUGAAAUUGAGCCUCCCGCUUUUACUUAUGAGAAAUUUUAUGAACUAACCCAAAAGAUAUGUCCUCGUACGGACAUAGAGGAACUCUUUAGGAAGAUCAAUGGAGACAAAACUGAUUAUUUAACGGUAGACCAAUUAGUGAGCUUUCUAAAUGAACAUCAACGAGAUCCUCGUCUGAAUGAAAUUUUAUUCCCAUUCUAUGAUUCAAAAAGAGCAAUGCAGAUAAUUGAGACAUAUGAGCCAGAUGAAGAUUUGAAGAAUAAAGGUCUCAUAUCAAGUGAUGGAUUCUGCAGAUAUUUGAUGUCAGAUGAAAAUGCCCCAGUCUUCCUUGACCGUUUGGAAUUAUACCAGGAAAUGGACCAUUCUUUGGCUCACUACUUCAUCAGCUCCUCCCACAAUACCUAUCUAACAGGCAGGCAGUUUGGCGGGAAGUCUUCUGUAGAGAUGUACAGACAAGUGCUUUUGGCUGGUUGCAGAUGUGUUGAACUGGAUUGUUGGGAUGGAAAAGGUGAAGACCAAGAACCAAUAAUAACGCAUGGGAAAGCAAUGUGUACAGAUAUUCUUUUCAAGGAUGUCAUUCAAGCCAUUAAGGAAACUGCAUUUGUUACAUCUGAGUAUCCUGUUAUUCUUUCAUUUGAAAAUCACUGCAGCAAAUACCAACAGUACAAGAUGUCAAAAUACUGUGAAGAUUAUUUUGGCGAUCUCCUUUUGAAGCAACCUCUAGAAACACAUCCACUUGAACCAGGAAGACCCUUACCGUCCCCUAAUGAUCUCAAAAGAAAGAUACUCAUAAAAAACAAGAGGCUGAAACCUGAAGUGGAAAAAAAACAGCUUGAGGCACUGAAAAGUAUGAUGGAGGCUGGGGAAACAGCUGCUCCUGUCAAUAUCCUAGAGGAUGACAAUGAAGAAGAAAUAGAAAGUGCUGAUCAAGAAGAAGAAGCCCAUCCAGAAUUAAAAUUUGGAACUGAGCUUUCUGCAGAUGACUUGAGUCAAAAAGAAGCUGUUGCCAAUAGUGUCAAAAAGGCUCUGGAAGAUUCUGAACAAGAAAACAAUAAAAAGGGUAUAGUAACUGUUGAAGAUGAACAAGCAUGGAUGGCCUCUUACAAAUAUGUGGGUGCUACAACCAAUAUACAUCCAUAUUUAUCAACAAUGAUCAACUAUGCUCAGCCCGUAAAGUUUCAAGGUUUCCAUGUAGCAGAAGAACGCAAUAUUCAUUACAAUAUGUCCUCUUUUAAUGAAUCAGUUGGACUAGGGUAUUUGAAGACGCAUGCAAUUGAAUUUGUGAAUUAUAAUAAACGACAAAUGAGUCGAAUAUACCCCAAGGGAGGCCGAGUGGAUUCCAGUAAUUACAUGCCUCAAAUUUUCUGGAACGCUGGCUGCCAGAUGGUCUCACUGAACUUUCAGACCCCAGAUUUAGCAAUGCAAUUGAAUCAGGGAAAAUUUGAAUAUAAUGGAUCGUGCGGGUAUCUCCUUAAACCAGAUUUCAUGCGACGGCCAGAUCGAACAUUUGACCCUUUCUCUGAAACGCCAGUAGAUGGUGUUAUUGCUGCAACGUGUUCAGUACAGGUAAUAUCUGGUCAGUUCUUAUCAGAUAAAAAAAUUGGUACAUAUGUAGAAGUGGAUAUGUACGGGUUACCUACGGACACGAUACGUAAAGAAUUUCGAACCCGCAUGGUGAUGAACAAUGGCCUGAACCCUGUUUACAAUGAAGAAUCAUUUGUAUUUCGAAAGGUUAUUCUACCUGAUCUCGCUGUUCUGAGAAUAGCAGUGUAUGACGACAACAACAGGCUGAUCGGUCAGAGGAUCCUGCCUCUAGAUGGCCUUCAGGCAGGCUACAGACACAUUUCCCUUCGAAAUGAAGGCAACAAACCACUAUCACUGCCCACAGUUUUCUGCAACAUUGUGCUCAAAACAUAUGUGCCUGAUGGUUUUGGAGAUAUUGUGGAUGCUUUAUCAGAUCCAAAGAAAUUUUUAUCUGUCAUGGAAAAAAGAGCAGACCAGAUGAGAGCUAUGGGUAUUGAAACUAGUGAUAUAGCUGAUGUACCAAAUGACACCACAAAGAAUGAUAAGAAAGGAAAAGCUAAUAAUGCCAAAGCAAGUGUGACUCCUCAGAGUAGUUCUGAACUUAGACCAAGUACCACUUCCGGCCUCGGACCUGGGAUGGAAACUAAGAAAGGUAUAGAACUUAUUCCUCAAGUGAAGAUAGAAGAUUUAAAGCAAAUGAAGGCAUACAUAAAGUAUUUAAAGAAACAACAGAAAGAGCUGAAUGCUUUAAAGAAGAAGCAUGCCAAGGAGCACAGCGCUAUGCAGAAGUUGCACUGCACACAAGUUGACAAAAUAGUGGCACAGUAUGAUAAAGAAAAGUUAUCUUAUGAGAAAAUGUUAGAGAAGGCAAUCAAGAAGAAGGGAGGAAGUAAUUGUCUUGAAAUGAAGAAAGAAACUGAAAUUAAAAUUCAGGCAUUAACGUCCGAUCACAAAUCUAAGGUAAAAGAAAUUGUAGCGCAGCACACUAAAGAGUGGUCAGAGAUGAUCAACACCCACAGUGCCGAAGAGCAAGAAAUCCGUGAUUUACAUCUGAGCCAGCAGUGUGAGCUACUGAAAAAACUGCUGAUUAAUGCUCAUGAGCAACAAACCCAACAGCUAAAGUUUUCUCAUGACAGGGAAAGCAAGGAAAUGCGUGCCAACCAAGCUAAAAUUUCUAUGGAAAACAGCAAAGCCAUAAGCCAGGAUAAAUCUAUCAAAAAUAAGGCUGAAAGGGAGAGGCGAGUAAGAGAACUAAACAGCAGCAACACUAAAAAGUUUCUGGAAGAGAGAAAAAGGCUAGCAAUGAAGCAGUCAAAGGAAAUGGAUCAGUUGAGAAAAAUUCAGCUUGAGCAUCUAGAAGUCUUGGAGAAGCAGAAUGAGCAGCUUUUGAAAUCCUGUCAUGCAGUGUCUCAAACACAAGGCAAAGGAGAUGCAGCAGAUGGUGAAGCUGGAAGCAGAGAUGGACCGCAGGCCAGCAACAGUAGUCUAAAACUGCAGCAUGCAAACUGA